GUACAAAAUUUCUCCUGUAGAAAGUAAAAAUUUUAUAACGCCGUACUUGAGCAAUUUCUAAUUGGUUGCAAACCACAAAGAGAAUAGGAUUCGUAUGCGAAUUGAUAAAAAUUAUCAAAUUAUUUUUUAGAAAUUUGACUUUAGAAAUUUGUGCUGUAUUGAGUCGUUUGAAGCUUAAACGCUAACAAAAUGAAUAAUCUACAUGGAUUAGGCUCUCUGCGCUUGCUGCCCUUUGGAGGCCCCACUCAAAAUCCAGUUUCCGCUAUUUUGAGCACUUAUCGAUCGGUACGUUCUCGCUUGAUAAGAAAGAUGUCGGUUGCCAUGAUACGAAGACGAUCGAACUUAAGCUUCUUGGAGAAGAGAUCGAUUGAUGGAGAGUCCAAUGCAGCAACUGGGUGUGCACGACUGCCAAUAGCAAUGCGCCGCUAUCCAAAGACGCGGACACCCAAUCGGGGUAACAAUGACCCAUUGAUGCUGCCCACAUCGAAUGUCUGGGCCAGUUUUCAUUCACAACGGAGCUAUACGACAAUGGGCGAAAGAUUUGAGAGAGCCAAAAUGUUGAAGAGGCCCAAGGAUAGGAUCGACCGCCCAUUGGUGCCAAUGCUAGUAUUUCAAACCGAACCAAAAUACCAAGGGAAUCUGGCAGCCGACAGGAAUGAACAGGUCAUAUCGGGGAGCAAAAUGCUGAAGCUCCUGCGCGACGCUAAGAAGCCAGUCGAAGGGGGGAAGCCAGACAAAUCGCAGAAACCACUGUUGCCCAUAAUGCAUAUACACGAUAAGACGGAUCAAUUGGUGAAGGCCCGUGCAGUGCGCAGCUCCCGAGACAUGCGGCCAUUUAUACAUCCGAAGCGCCAACGGAUACCACCCGUUAUAAGAGAUCGCGCACAAAGCCUAAUAUGCAUGGAUCCGGUGUUGAAAUUCGCAACGGCUGAUAUGCCCUUCUUGAAUACAACCGACAAUCCGUCGCGUUACCUAGAAACUUAUGAGACGCGUCUGAGGGCGUUGCGUCAGUCAAAACCACUCAAGCUGAAAGUGCCAACGGCAUCGAAUAGCGGUAACUUGCAUUUACGAAAUCGUUUAGUCCAGAGGUCCUUGAGCCAAAGAAGCCACCGUCCGACAAGUUUUUCACCAAAGCAAGAAUUUCACGGGUCCCCAAUGCAGUUGCCCAGUAUUAAGCCAUUCAAGAAGUCGAUGCCCUACAACAAGCGUAGCACGAAGCUCACGCGCCCCAAAAAGAUUGUAGAAAAGCCGGUUGAGAAUCUGGUUAAGCAGGUUAGGAAGAUCAAACAUAAGGAGCGGGAUAAUCUCAACAAUUUACUGGGGGAUCUAUUGGAUCAAAAUUCAUCCAAACAAAAAGUUGGGGCGAUUGAAUUCCACAAGAUAUCGCCGCUUUCCAAGCUGGUCACUACCAGCAUGGAGGGUCGCAGCAAAUUGCAUACUCGGGCCUUUGAAAAUCAACUGAAGACGCCGACGCUAUAUACAAGUCAGACAUUCAGGAAUCACAAUAUGUCGACAGGUGCCAGUCGACGUUCCACAUUAUUGGGUCACCAGGCAGUAGUGCGAGCCAGAGCCAGGCAGGAGAAUAAAUUGAGCUUGCUAUUGAAUGCCGAUACCCAAUACCAGAGCGAGGACGACGGGGACGACGACGACGACGACGGCGACGACGGCGACGAUGAUAAAAAUGAUGAAAACAAAACCGACAAUGACGACAUUAACUAAAGCCGCCGGCUACAACAGCUAUAACAAACUAAAACAUGACAUGAGACUAAAUAUACAAAGUAUAAAAUCAUUGCCAAACAACAAUAUGCAUCUCUCUCUCUUUUUCUCUCUUUCUGUUCGCAACUACCUACAUAUUUAUGCCUUGCUCCAAAUUCUGGUUUUAUUCAUCGGGAGAAGUCAAAGCACCUUUUCAUCAAUCUCGGCUGCGCACGCAAAUUCGGUGUGAAAAAUUUAAAUCAAAAAAAAAUUAAAUCAAAUAUGGAAAUCAUCUAAAUGUAACAAAACAAAAAAAAACCAAAAAAAAAGAAACAUUAUUUGUAAAAUGACUAUUUAUAACAGUUUGUACGAAUAAACAUGAC